AUGGGCGCAUAUUCGCAUUCCAACGGCUCCGUCGAAGAAACAACCUCGUCCGCUCGCUCAUUCUUCUCUCGCUUCGCUCUGCCCAGCCGAUCGCGUUCGCGUAACCUCGCGGAUUUCCACGUCCGCCCCGACGACCCCCACCGCCAGUACUCGGCUGGCGACCACGUCUAUGGCGCUGUAGUCCUGACCGUAGUCAAGCCUAUCCGCAUAACCCAUCUUACUGUUGCCCUGCAUGGCUACGUUCGCGUGCACAAGGGCCCGGCCGUCAGCGAGCCCCCCGUCGCGAAACCCGCCUUGUCCGGACGCUCCUCGGCACAGUACCAUGGCAACGGCUAUGCAUCGCUCUUCCAGGACGAGCAGGUGCUCAGUGGUGAGGGCAGGUUGGAGGCCGGAAAAUACGAAUUCAAGUUUGAUUUAGUGUUCCCCGAAAAGGGCUUACCUAGUAGCAUUGAUUUGGUUGAGCAAAUAGACAUUGGGUCUCUCGCGCCGCCACGCCCCCGAACCAUCUAUCUCGAACCCAUUUCCAAGAAAUCAAGACGAAAGCGGACCGCUGGCAACGAAAAGAAUCCGGCCACAGUGGAAACUACGGAGCAAGGGUCAGAUGUUGAGCAACACGAUGCCGAGCGUGCGGUAGAGUCACCAGCGCCAACAGAAGAUCACCCUCACGAUCCGCUCGAAUACCCCCGAAGCCCAACGCAUACGGAUAUCCAGAGCGAAGUCAGUGGUGACAGUACCGUCAGCUCAAGCACGGGCAUCAGUCUAGCAAGAGCUGAGCCUCAGCUGGCCAGCAGCUCGCUGACAAAUUCCAAAAUGCAAGCUGUCGACGAGAAGACGAUCACGGCAACGAUUGAGAUGUUGAAGGGCGGCGCGUUACCAGGCGACACAGUAUCAGUCAAGGUCUCGGUACAGCAUAUCAAACGGAUAAAGAGCAUGCAUGGUGUUAUUGUUACCAUGUACCGGCAAGGCAGGGUUGACACGGCACCGCCUGCCUCCAUGUUCGCCGAUAUCAUGUCGAAAGAAGAAACCCGCAAGCUGGCGAAAGAAGACUACUACCCGCGAUCACGGACCGGUUUGGGAGGCCUAUCACUGACCUCGACUUCGUCACUGAGCGUCUUCCGGAAGGACCUAUCCCAGUCCGUUGCUCCACUCAUUAUCGAUCCGGUUACACUGGAAACGACGGUGACGGCAUCGCUCAAGGUGCCCGAAGAUGUUUUUCCGACCAUCAAAGGCGUGCCUGGGGACAUGGUCAGUUUCAAGUACCAAGUGGAAGUCCUGGUUGAUUUGGGCGGCAGGCUCGCGAGCCAACUUCAAGGUGGAGGCCAGUCUAGGGUAGCUCAGUUUGCACCCGGGUCAGGGGCCACCGAUGGCAAUAACGCGGCGCUCAACUCGUGGGGAGGAAAUGUGAUAGAUACGGAUCGGUUACGACGCGAAAAGGGAGUCAUCUCGGUCGUUUUUGAGGUCAUUCUAGGUUCUACGGAUAGCUCGAGGUUGCGUGGGCGGAGUAAUACGUUGCGGACAUACCAAAUGCGAGAAGGAUCGCUCAGCAGGGAAGAGGUUUCUAGCCCCUGGCCGACCGACGAUAUCCGCGCGGACGACGGUGAGAGCUACUGGCCGCAGCCUCCUGAGAUGCCAGCUCCUCUCAGUCGGCAGCCUACGAUCACGAUACACCCCACGAGCCCUCCAGAGGAGAUGCAAGCACCAGCUUACGUACCUCCCCCACAAGUUCCGGACGAGGGUAGCAUGACGGAGAAAGAGCGGGCACGGCGUCAAGAAGAGAGACUUUUACCGAGCCGACCGCCCCAGAUGUCAGAAGCGGGCCCGUCAGGGGCAUCAGCACCGGAGCCGAAUAUCUACGACGCCGAGGACGAACCUCAGCCCGAACCGCAAACACAUCGUGGAGCGAAUGGGGUGGAGGAAGAGCCAUCCGCGCCAACGCUGGAUGACAUUUCGACACACCAAGAAGCGCGGACAGAAGACAAACAGGAGCUCGAGCGGCAACGGCUGCUGGUCGAGGCCAGCGCGCCACCGGAAUUCCCAGACGACUACGAUGCUGGACCCAGUGCGUCGGCGUCAGCACCGCCAGCGGACGUCGCCGAGCCGUCGGCGCCGGUAUUAGCGGACGAAGACGACUACGGCCAGCAGUACAGUUACAGCACAGAAGCAGGCACUGGACAGUCCAGUCACCAACAUCACGCAGCAGGCUCAGAACAGCUGCCGAGGUAUGAGCGAUGA